UCUGAAAAAGAAAAAAGUAGAUACCCGAGUUCCGGGUGAGAACCGCACCGGCGGGUUCCGGGUCCGCCCUAUACCCGCCCCGUUGCCACCUCUGUCCCAGAGCAGAAACCCCAGCACGGACCACUCCCACACACAGACACACACAGAUAUCAGUUUGUCUAGUGAAGAAUGAAGAUAGUAACUUACAAUGUAAACGGGCUGAGGCCUCGAGUCUCACAGUUCGGCUCUCUUCGCAAGUUGCUCGAUGCUCUUGACGCCGAUAUCAUCUGCUUUCAGGAGACGAAGCUGUCAAGGCAAGAAUUGAGAGCGGAUUUGGUGCAGGCGGAGGGUUAUGAGUCCUUUUUCUCUUGCACUCGCACGUCUGAUAAAGGCCGAACCGGAUAUUCUGGCGUGGCGACAUUUUGUCGUGUCAAGUCUGCAUUUUCUAGUGAUGAAGUAGCUUUGCCAGUUUCUGCGGAGGAGGGUUUCACCGGUGUUCUUAAGAUUUCCCCAGGGUUUGGGUCCGGGAAAAGUGAAUAUUCAUCAGUAGUGGAAGGUCUAGAAGAUUUUUCCCCUGACGAGCUUCUGAAAAUUGAUGGUGAAGGACGUUGUAUCAUAACUGAUCAUGAACAUUUUGUUCUUUUUAAUGUGUAUGGACCCAGAGCUCAAUGUGAUGAUACAGAAAGGAUCCAGUUUAAGCAUAAAUUUUUCAACAUACUACAGAGAAGAUGGGAGUCUCUUCUAUGUCAAGGACGAAGGAUAUUUGUUGUUGGGGAUCUCAACAUUGCUCCCUCUGCUAUAGAUCGUUGUGAUGCUGGACCAGAUUUUGAGAAAAAUGAGUUCAGAAUUUGGUUUAGAUCUUUGUUGCUGAGAAAUGGAGGUUCUUUUUUUGAUGUUUUCCGAGAAAAACAUCCUGAGAGAAGAGAAGCCUACACAUGCUGGCCUACAAAUUCUGGUGCAGAGGAGUUCAACUUUGGGACGCGUAUUGACCACAUUCUUAGUGCUGGACCAUGCUUGCAUAACGAAGAAAACCUAGGACAUAACAUUUUGACUUGCCAUGUUAAAGAGUGUGACAUAUUAGAGCAGUUCAAACGUUGGAAACCUGGUAAUACACCUAGACAUAAAGACAUAAAGGGGAGGGCUGUCAAAUUGGAAGGCUCUGAUCAUGUUCCUGUCUAUGUGAUUUUGGUGGAGAUCCCCAAUAUUCAACAACACAACACUCCUUCACUCUCUACUAGAUAUUGUCCCCAGGUCUAUGGAUGUCAGCGGACUCUAGUGUCCAUGUUUGCGAAAAGGCAACCUGAAGAAGAAACUAGCUUAUCUGGAGGUUCCAAUUCAAUUUCAGAAGAUAGUAUUGUUCUUGAAAGGUGCAGUCAACUCCUUAAAAGACCCCUAGAUGCCUGUAGCCCAUCUGUGUCAGAAGUGAUUCAUCAAGGUGUAUUUCAUACAUCAAAUGCAAGUUCUGUUGGUGAACAUAAAGAAUCAUCUUCUGACUCACCAUGCUCUCAAAUUGGUCGUUCUAAAACAGUUUCCUCUGUGGUUUGCAAGAAAAAAUCAAGACAAUGUCAGUCGUCUCAGCUCUCAGUCAAAUCAUUUUUCAAGAAAACAGUGGGUGUUAGUGGUGAUCCAAACAGUUUUUCUGCUGACAGCAAGGUUAGUCAGGCAGAUAUCUCCUUUCCUUAUAGUGGACUGAAUCAAACUUCGACCCAUGGUGGUGAACAUGAUUCCACAAAGGAGUGGCCGGCAGAACAAAGCUUGUCAAUGCAAGAAGAUGAUUCUUCUCAACCUUCAGAAAAUGAAAAGAACAAUGUUGCCUUAGUUGAGUGGCAAAGGAUUCAGCAACUUAUGCAAACUAGCAUACCUCUUUGCAAAGGCCAUAAGGAACCUUGUGUUUCUCGAGUUGUGAAGAAAUCUGGACCUAAUCUAGGGCGCCGAUUUUAUGUCUGUGCACGUGCUGAGGGACCUGCAUCUAAUGCUGAAGCGAACUGUGGAUUUUUCAAAUGGGCUACUGCAACAUCAAAGAACAAAAGAUGAUUUGAGUGGACAAUGAACCAUAUGGAUUUUUGCAAUAACAGUGAAGCCAUCUGUUCUAUACCCAUCUUCUUGAGCUCUCUCUGGUGCUUCUAAGAAGAUAUCUGAAAGGGAAAGCUAAAUAAGGUUUAUCCUACUCGAGAUCUGUUCCACUCUGAAAUAGGCGUGUCAAUGGGCCAAAAUUGCCCAGACCCUGGACCCACUAUAAUGGCCCCAACCCAGGCCUAUACCCAUUAAAUUAAAAUAAUUCGGUCUGGGUCGGGUAAAAUAUCCGUUCUUACCCAUUAAGACCCAGACCCAAAUAUCCCCAUUUUCUUCAGUGUCUUCAUGAACAGUAGUGUCUUCACGAAUGGCAGAUCUCACCUAGUACUCUCCUCUCUCAAGUUUCAACUGUCAAUCUGCACUCCGCCGCCUAUGCUGCGCCCACCUCAAGAAAGAAAAUUUCUUAAGAUUGUCACCAGUGUUUUGCUUUGCUGAUGGAUUAGCUUCAUUAGCUCUUCUGCAACAGGGAUAUGGUGAUAGUGUUUUUGACCGGAACAUCACUGGUGCCUCUACAUAUUAUUUCGUUGCUGAGGUGCAUCUCUAAUCUCACGAUUUGAUUCAACUUCACAGCAAUUUCGGCAUAGUUGCUAAUUUUUCUCUCUUUAUUGUAUCAGAAAUAUCAUAUACCCUUGUAGCUCCUUUUUCAGGUUUUUAGUAAUAUUGGUUCUUUAGUAUUUUGUUGUCCAUACUGUUUUAAGUAAUUUCUGGGUUUUUUUCAACCUUUUACCGGUUUUUUUAAUCAUUCCCUCUCCAAACCCUU